UUCUUUUCAUUCUAUUUUCUCUUUCAUUUUCUUUCAAUCAUUUUGCUACCUCCUUUUCUUAAAAACCUAAUCUCUCUCUCUCUCUCUCUCUCUCUCUCUCUCUUUUUCUCUCUCCCUCCCCAAAAAGACGUUUCUUCUCUCUGGCUCUGACAGAAGAAAACACAAAACAGACUUAAAUGUUAACAAUUUGUCUCUUUCUCGACUUUCUAAAAGCUCAAAAAGGACUCACCAAAUAUUUCUCUUUUCUUUUCCUCAUGCUUUCCCGUGUAGCAGUUCUCUUUGUGGCGUUUCUGUGUCUGGACCUGUGUACCUGCGUAAGCACCAUGCCAAUCUGUGCCUACGGACACGCCAGCUGCCAGCUCCUGUCUCUGGCUAAUCUCUUCGACAGGGUCAUCCAACACUCGGCCAGGAUGCACGGGCUGUCCAGCGAUCUACACUCAGAGCUUGAGAAAUACUUCCUGCCUGGCAAAAACCACAUAGGUAGCAUGUAUCGCAAGUGUCACACAUCCAGCAUCCUAACUCCUAACGGCAAGGAAACUGCACAGAAACUGGCUCAUGAGGAGUUAACAGAGGUCAUUCUCAAGCUGUUGAUGGCCUGGACGUAUCCUCUGUCCCUGCUGCACAAGAACAUGUCCCACCAGCAGGACUUUAACAGCUUCAUCAGCAGUAAAGCUUUAGAGAUGAACAACAUUGCUCUUGAGCUCAGGAAAGGAGUGGAGAAAGUCAUGGAAAAGAUGCAGUUGUUGGGGAUGAUCAGUAACUCAAUGGACGGCUUCACCUCUCCUGAAGACUUAUUUCCUGCAAGCGACGAGGCCAUGAGUGAAUACGAGCUCCUCUACUGCUUCCGUCGUGACUCUGACAAGGUCCAGAACUACUUGAAGAUCCUUAAAUGCAGAAUUGUACCUGAGCAUGGCUGCUGAGCAUCCACCUCUCACCUGCAUGGCUGGACCGCAUACUGUAUAUUCCUCUUCGUGCACUUCCAUUCUUGAUCUUCCACUCUUUAUCUCCGUGUUUGCUUCCCACAAUAGAGGAAACCAGUUUUCAAAACAUUUAUUUCUCAUUAAAGGUAAUGAUUGAUAAUAAGCUGAUGAAAAGAAAUGAGAAAUUGA